AUGGAGCAACCAGAGCAACUUAGAGCAGCAGGCGUGAAGGGAAGGCAUGGUGCAGGAGCGGCAGAGCAGCGGACACACUAUGUCGGGACCAACGGAGCAGCACGCCUGAAGGGAAGUUGGUACAGCAAGCUGCUUUCACCUCCAACACAAGAGCAAUUCAGGGGGCAGUGCCUGCAGCACCUCAGGGGUCACCCGUGCCUGCAAUAG